AUGAUCACUGCAAGAGGAGUGACACUUGGUGUCUACAGGGGAUGGAGAACUCAAUUGAUAGCACAAGCUAAAAGUGCGGGCAGAAAUGGUGUUUUCUUUGUUAGAUACAGCUCGCAGCUGAGAAAGGAGGUGAGAAAACCAGUGUUCACGCCAGAAGAGCUGGAGAAGGCACGCGAGACCCGUCUUAGAGGUUUGGAGCCAUACGUCUCAAAACUACCAGCAAAAUGGAUUCCUUACGCAGAGCUUAUGCGGCUUGAAAAACCGGUUGGUACAUGGCUUCUGUAUAUUCCAUGCACAUGGGCGAUCAGCAUGGCCGCCAUGGAAACAAUGGCGCCAAUUUCGUCGGCCAUGUGGAUGCUAUCGCUAUUUGGAGUUGGUUCAUUAGUUAUGAGAGGCGCGGGCUGCACCAUCAACGACCUCUUGGACCGUAACUUGGACGAUAAGGUAAUCCGGUCCGUAGAGCGGCCUAUUGCGUCCGGGCGAGUAAGUCCUAAGCAAGCUGUUGCAUUCUUAGGUGCACAAACCGCUGGAGGAAUGGGCAUCCUGACGCAAUUGCCCGCAGAGUGCUGGUGGUUGGGGCUGGCUUCACUUCCUUUGGUCUUCACGUAUCCGCUGUUCAAGAGGUUCACUUACUACCCGCAAGCUGCACUGAGCGCGUGUUUCACCUGGGGCGCACUUCUCGGGUUUCCGGCGAUGGGCGUGAUGGACUGGCCCACGAUGAUCCCUCUGUACACCAGCAGCUUCCUGUGGUGUAUGACCUACGACACUAUUUAUGCGCACCAGGACAAAAGUUUCGACGUCAAGGCUGGGAUCAAGUCUACAGCGCUUGCGUGGGGACCCAAGACGCGGAAGAUCUGCACAGCCAUGUCUGUCGCGCAGAUGGGGCUCUUAGGACUCGCGGGCCUGAACAGCGGGCUGUUAUUGGGUCCGGGGUUUUUGGGAGGUUUGGCAAUCUUCGGCUACCGCGUGUUUUCGAUGGUGCGUAAUGUGGACUUGGACAACCCAGCGGACUGCUGGAAGCACUUUACAAGUAACAUCCGCAGUGGACUGUACUUCAGCGCCGCACUGCUGCUGGACUAUUUUUUGAGAAUACUCGGUUUCCUAUGA